UUAAUUAGUUUUUAUUUUUUUCCCCCAGGUACCCAAAAUGACGCACACAGAGUUUUGCCAGGGGCGCACCAUGCGGUGGGCGCUGGCCUGGAGCUUCUAUGAUGAUGUCCUUGUUCCGUCUCCCCCCAGUAAGAAGCGCAAGUUGGACAGAGUGCGGAAACCUCUUUCCUUCACCCUUCCCCACGUGGCUUUGAGGGAGCUCCAGAUGAAGUCCCGUGGUCUGGACUGCACUGGCCGCCAUCCUCUGGAAGCCAUCACAACUCUUAUGGAGAAGGCGCUAACGGAGCUGCGGGUGCUGCACAAGCGCGUUCCGUGCAGGGAGCAGGAGCAGCGCCUCCUCCUGACCGCGGUGGAAAACACUUGGAUCCACGGUCGACAGAAGCGACGCGAACAAAUGCGGCAGUUGCGAGAGCUGCCAAGAGCACAUCACAGCACCGCGGCUGCCGCCACGACGCCCUCCCUCGCCCAAAACAGCCAGGAGGAUGCCACUCAUGAGUCAGCUGACCAGCAGGUAACUGCAGAGUCGAUUGGCAACAGUGCCCCAUCCGUCGAAAGCAUGAAGGCUACCAAGGCCGCUGGUGAAAUGAAUCAAGAGCUCCUGGAAAAGGUUGCAGGUGAAGAUGGGGAAAUAAUGCCUGAGUGCAGCUCUGCAGGGACAUGUGGCCUGAAGGAUGCCACUAGUGCCACAAGCGAGAUGUCAUCAAAACAACCAGCGAGCCCGGGGUCAGUGGAACACUUCCUGUUUAAAUGUAUGCUGAAUGUGCUGCAGGAGGAGGGCGACGCAAUGAUUGAGAUGCACUGGGUGGAAGGUCAGAAUAAAGAUCUGAUGAACCAGCUGUGCACCUAUCUGAGGAACACUCUUUUAAAGGCUGUUGCCAAAUCAUGAACAGAGAGAGCCGCAGUAGAGAUCAUGGAUACAAAACUUGUAUCUGAGAUGAUUUUGGCAUGUUGAAACAAUUGCAGCCCACAGUUUUGUACGUGAACCAGUGUGAGUCAGUGAUUUAAAUUUGUUGGACUUGACAGUUUACCUUUUUAGGUAAUCACUGCUACUCAUUUUAUUUGACUUUAUUGCCAAGCAGUGGGAAUAAAUGUGAUUUUAUAAAAU